AGCCAAAAAAGUUCCCAGUCGUGAGGGACCCGGCAAAAAACCGGCGACGACGAGGGCGGCACAAGACACAACACCACUCAACGCCCUUCCCCCCGGACGAUACCCCUCCAAGAAAGGGACAGAGACUGCCGCCCGGGCCCCUUUACCCUUCCGACCUUCCGACCACAAAACCCCACCACAGAUCACCAUGCUGCGCCCAGGGUUAUUAAGGAUAGCGAUGCGGCCGCGCAUCCGCACGCCGGCGACCUCGACUUUGCUACCGAUGGCCUGCCAGGCACGAUCAAUGCACGCCCUCGCCCCUCUCCCUUACAACAUCAAGGAUGAGGCUACACAGAAUGGCAUUUCCGACUUCCUGUCGCCCGCCGCUUUCAACAUCUCCUGGACCCAGUAUCAGACAUAUCUUUUGCAGAAGUUGAACGUCUUGACAGCAGAAACCGAGUACGAGUCCCACCACGUCAAGGACAUCCUGCUCGGCACCGCCCGCGACCCGGGCUCGGCGCCCAUCUUCAACCACGCCAGCAUGAUCCACAACAACCAGUUCUUCUUCGAGCACAUCUCCCCCAAGCAGGUCGAGGUGCCCGAGCCCCUGCGCAGCCGCCUCGAGCAGUCCUUCGGCUCCAUGGACACCCUCCGCCAGGAGAUGGUCUACACGGCCGCGGGCAUGUUCGGCCCGGGCUUCGUGUGGCUGGUCAAGACCUCGCAGCCGGGCCUGCCGGUAUCCUUCAAGGUGCUCGUCACCUACGCGGCCGGGUCCCCUUACCCGGGGGCGCACUGGCGGCGGCAGGAGAACGACAUGAACACGGCGGCGGGCGGGGGCAGCGAGGCCGCGCUCGAGGCCGGCCGCGCCUACCUGGACCGCACCGCGUACGGCGCCGGCCGCCGCAUGGGCCCCGGCAGCGCCACCGCCCGCCGCGUCGCCCACGCCCCUGGUGGUACCGACCUGCAGCCCGUGCUGUGCAUCAACACGUGGGAGCACGUCUGGCUGUGGGACUACGGCUUCGGCGUCGGCGCCCCGGACCGUGGCAAGCUGGGCUACGCGGAGAAGUGGUGGAAGCACGUCAACUGGGACCUGGUCCAGAAGGAGGCCGACCUGCAGCGCCUCGAGAUGUCGGCUAACAUGGGCGCGCACGCACCCGCGCCCAUGGCGUGAGGGGAGGGGGGGCUGUCGCGUCGGUAAGGCUCUGACGGGGCGGGUUGGUUGUUAAGGUUGUAUAAUUAUUUAUCGUGGGACCGGGAGAGGCGGAAAGGCCCAUUUGCCGCUCCUGGUGUGGAUCUAGAUGUACUUGUACAAAAUAGACGAGUCGCUGGGUGUAUGUAUCAUGUCGAAAACGAAACACGCAUCAAUUCCG